AUGGCAGAGAAUAGUAAGCGGAGCCCAGAGGAGAGGCACAGCCGCAAGGUGCUGAAGAGCGAGACCCAGCUGGUCAUAGAGGCCUUCCUGAGGAGGGUGCAGAAUGAGGGCGGUUCUGUCGGCCAUGUUGGCCGUUGCUACCAUGACUCGAGGAAGUUCAAAGCCAAGACUCCCGACAGCCAGGAUGGCAACAUCAUUUACCCGAUCAGGCAGCCAAAGUCGUCCCACAAAGGGAGCUUGGAGCGAGAAGACGAGGAGAAAGGGAGGAGCAUGAAGCAUCUGCAAGAACAUGAGGAGGGCGCUGUUUGGGGCACCUCGGACGAGGAGAUCUGCCGGGCGGAGGAGAAGAAGCACGGCUUCAAGACGGCCAUCAAGAAGCUGAUUAAACGGCAGAAAUCGAAGAAGAGGAGCGAAAAGACCAAGGUUUCUCAGGAGUUCCUUGAUGGCGACCGGACUGUGGUAAAGAGCAGCAGAUCGAACUCCAAGUCCAAUUCCUUAAAGAGGCAGAAAAGCAUGAGGCCCUCGAUCGACUGCCUUGUGGGGCAGCCGGAACCUCUCCCCAGUGACAUGGAGGACAUCGGCAAACAGAAGAUGAGUGGACAACAGAAGUUUUUGAAUUUUUUUCGGAAGGGGACGAAGAAGAGUGACAACGCUCACUCCAAGAAAAGCCAGACGUCUCCACCUACGUCCCCAAGGCCCACAACACUAGCCCUAAAUCUCCACACUCCAGACCUGGAACCUUUGGAAUUCUACUCGGAAGUGGCAAAGAAGUUGGACCAGUUGGCGCAAGAGUACUGCUCCCACACGGGGGGUGAUCAACAAACUCCAGUCAUCCAGCAUGCACCGAGCCAAGGGAUCAUCGACCCGCACACUAUCAAGGAGAAGGAGAUCGGGAGGAUCGUAAUGAUGCUGCAGGAACAAGGAGACGAGAUCAACGAAAAGAUGAAGGACGAUCCUCUGCUGCAGCGCCCCAUGUCCUAUCGAAGCUUCACGCGGCUGGUUGAGGUCUUCACGGCCAGCGUGGAAGGGCAGAUCACGGACCCCGCCACGAGCCCCGAGCUGACGAAGAUCGCGCUGACCAUGGAGCUCACCCGGAGAGUGGCCGGCAUCAGCAGCCACCCCGUACAGCAGCUGAUGGGUUACAGCAUGGACUACAUUGACAUGUUUGUCCCCUGGCUGCAGCAGCAAGGAGGAUGGGAGACAGUGCUGCACUCCGACGAUGUGUCAGAUCACCAAAUAGACUGACCUCCGUGAAACCCAGGGAAUGAAGAUGAAACUCAGGCGAUCCUUUAGCAAGGGGAAAAUUCCCCUCUCGGCUAUUUGGACAAAGAACACAAACUACCUUCUUAAAGAUAUAUAUAAAAUGUCGAAAAUGUUCAACGAGGUUUCGGCCACCAAACAAGCGAGCAGGUUAAAGCCACAUUAAGGAUAGGUGACACCCUCGUCCUAUAAGGUAGGGGGAUACAACUCCGUGUGUGGUUGUCUACAGAGACUCCUGGCAAAACUUGCGUUCAGUCACGCUACUGUGGCGAUGGCUAGAUUGCUCUCGUAAGCUGUGGCAGUCUAUGCUGAAGAAGGGUCUCGACCCGAAACGUCACCCAUUGCUUCUCUCCGGAGACGCUGCCUGUCCCGCUGAGUUACUCCAGCAUUUUGUGGCUGUAAUCCAGAAAAACUGGCAGUCGACACUGCCAAAGACAAAGGGAACCUGACUUAAAGGAUUUCACUGUAAUUCCUGAAUGUAAAAACCAUGCAGAAUGCAAAUGUUGCCCUAAAGACUGUUGCAUUAAUAUAGGGAGAAUAAAUCAGGUUUGCAAUAUGAAAGAUAGAGAGGGAGGAGAUAAAGCGGAAAAUAUACGACGGACCUUACUCAGAAAUUAACCUCGUUCUCAGCUAUAGGUUAAAUGACGGGAAAAGGGAUCUGCAGGUUUUAGCUUUCAGUCUGUGAUGUGAAUAAAGUGUGUGUGAAUGCGCGCGCGUCUGUCUCAGUGUCUACGUGUGUGUGUGUGUCUGUCUGUCUCUGUCUCUGGAUAUCUGUCUGUGGCUGUGUGUGUGCGUCUGUCUCUGUGGCUGUGUGUGUGUGUGUGCGUCUGUCUCUGUGUCUGGCUGUGUGUGUGUCUGUGUGUGUGUGCGUCUGUCUCUGUGUCUGGAUGUGUGUGCGUCUGUGUGUGUGUGUGUGUCUGUCUCUGCGUCUGGCUGUGUGUGCGGCUGUGUGUGUUCGUCUGUCUCUGUGUCUGGAUGUGUGUGCGUCUGUGUGUGUGUGUGUGUCUGUCUCUGCGUCUGGCUGUGUGUGCGGCUGUGUGUGUUCGUCUGUCUCUGUGUCUGGCUGUGUGUGUGUGUGUGCGUCUGUCUCUGUGUGACUGCCUGUGUGUGUGCGCGCGUAUCUGUCCCUGUGUGUGUGGCUGUGUGCGUGUGUGUAGCUGUACGUAACAGGUGUUUGUGGCCCGUAACCUGAAUGAAUGUCAAAGAAUAAAUCAAGCUGAUAAAGUUCAGGAAGAUGGCAUUAACAUUUUGUUGUAAAGGGUGUCAGAUAAGAUUUUUUGUGCCACAUUUUUACAGGCAAAUGUCAACUCAUCCAACUGGUGCUAGCUGGUAGUUUGAUGCACAGUCAAUAAAUAGUAACAGCAAUCUUAGCAUCGAAGUAAUAGAACCUCAGACAGGCACAUGACUAGGAUAGGUUUAGAGGGAUAUGGGCCAAACACAGCGCAGAUGGGACAUGUUGGUCAGUACUAGUGUAGAUGGGACAUGAUGGUCGGCUUGGGCAAGUUGGGCCGAAGGGCCUGUUUCCAUACUGCAUGACUCUACGACAAUCAAAUCAAUAAUUAGCCCUCAACAUAUAUCUGUCCGAUUUAAGAGUUAGGAGCUAAUUGAGACUGUAAGUAUUAUUGUUGAACAGGUUCGUAAGAAUGUGUUAUUGUGUGACUGUGGAGGUUUGGAGGGAAAUGGGCCAAACACGAGCAAAUUGGGGGCGCAUAGUCCCGGCAAAUGGGACGAGAGCUUAGGCUUUAGAAAUACAGCGUGGAAACAAGCCCUUCGGCCCACCAAGUCCCCGCCGACCUGCUAUCACCCCGUACGUGCUAGCACUGGCCCUACACAUUAGGGGCAAUUUACAAGUUGACUGGCCAAUUCAACUAAACUGAUCUGAACCAACAAACCUGUGUGACUUUGCAGUGUGGGAGGAAACCAGAGCACCCAGAGAAAACCCACGCAAUCGCAGAGAACGUGCAAACUCCGUGCAGACAGCACCCGUGGUCAGGAUCGAAACUGGGAUGUGGAAAGUU